GUUUUCAGAAGAUCAUCUAUAUUCCAUGAUGUGCUGUUUUAGUGCCUUUUCGCAGACGUUUCAGGCUUCCAUGUUGCCUCUCAGGAUCCGUUGAGCUGGUAUUUAGUUAUUUGUUUUGCCGCCGAGAACUUAUUUAAUAAGGUUCUAUGGUUAAGCCACGUUGCGCGGAACGACUCUGGGGUUUCCAUCAAUUGAAGCUGAGAUGAGGUGCCGAGUUGGAAGGCGUUUUCUGCAGUUGUGUUUCCCCGUUUCACUUCGCUAUCGUGUACGCGGGGGUGGGCAGUAGGGGCGAGGUCUCACGUAAGGGUCUCACCUGAAUCACCGUUUGGUACGCCUUAACCUUGACAACUAUUGAGUAUUCGAUUAGGAUCAUUUUUUUUUUAAAUAUAGGUGUGUGGGUAGUCCAAUAGACACGGGUUAUUCUCCUUUGCGCGAAUUGUUUUUUUUUCCACUUUUGAAUUUAAUAGAAACAAACCCAAAGGAAGUAUUUAUUAUUUUCAUACUUUGGAGGUCUUUCAUUUUUGGAAAGGGAUGAACAACCCGAGUUUAUACGGUAGUUAUUAUGCACAGAAUCCCAUAGAUGGAUCUGUCGCGCCUAACCACAACUAUUCCACCUACUCCACCAUGAAUGUGGAGACCGGGAACGCUGCUUGCAGAAGUGUUAGGAGCCACUACCCCGGGGCCGCCGAAACCACAACCGCUUACUACAACAAUGACCCCACCUUCCACACUUCGGGCGGCUAUUAUCUCAUGCAGGAGCGCCCAUCUUACAACCAAGGGUACGCUUUGAACGCCAACAGUGCGGGGGGCGCCGGGAAUCAUUAUCCCAACUCGGCACUAUCCUCGACAACCCACUACACCGCCCAGACGACGCCUGCGAGCGAUCAUCCGACCAUGCAGACCGCCUAUGAUGGGUCCGGUAAUCGAGCCAAAGUGCCGGCGGUGAUGGGGUCGCCAGAAAAGAGCCUGGAGGAGCCCCUGCAGCCUCCCCCGGAGGACCCCAUCGUGGUGAACGACGAGAACCUGUGUUGGACUUGGGCCACCUACCCCAAUACCGCUCCGAUGAAGGAAAAAGAUGGGGCGGCGGCUAACUUUAUCCCACUUCCCGAGAUGGUGGUCCCUUUGGCUUGUAUGUACAAACCUCUCGGAGUCCUGAGCACCAAACAGCUUGUGCGCGACUCGUCCGCGCAAGGUCAGUGCGGGGAUUGUGGAGCUUUUCUCAGUCGUCAUGGUUGUAGACCAGGGGAGCAGCAAUGGGUGUGUUUUUCAUGCCAGCGCCGCCAUACGCUGCCGCCAAACUACACGGAGGUGCACCCGGCCCGCCUAUAUGAUACCGUAGAAUACAUUCUUCCUGGGCCGCGGUGCGUGUAUGAGGACACCGACCUACAGUACCCCGUUUUCCUUUUCUUGGUGGAUGUAUGUCUUCACUAUGAGGAGCUCAACGCGCUCAAGGCAAACCUGCUGCGUUGCCUCGAGUGGCUGCCGAGCCGUUCUUUGAUUGGCAUUAUCUACUUUGGUGCCCGCACAACGGUGUGGGAAUUGGGCAACUUCACGAAUGAUGGUAUCGCCAAAAACUACAUCAUUUGCGGUAAUGUGCCCUAUGAAGAUAAUGAACUUCCAAAGCAAUUGCAAGUUAGCCAACGCCGUCCCGUCCAAGGACGUUUCUUGCUUCCACUUGAGGACUGCCAUUUUGCGCUCACCACACUGAUUGAGGAGAUCCAGGGUGAUAGCGAACCACUCCCUUCGGGUCGCCGCCCCAUGCGCACGACAGGAACGGCGGUCAGUGUAGCGGUCUACCUACUUGAAUCUCUUCGCCAAAACAGUGGACUGGCGGGAAAAUCAGUCCAGGGCACCACGGCGAAUCUCUCAAAGACCACAAAGAUGGCUGGUGAUGGCGCACCGAUAAAAACCGCGGGAAAGAUUCUUCUCUUUACUAGUGGACCGUGUACGCGAGGCUCAGGGGCGAUUGUCGGGCCCGAGAAGGCCGAGAUGAUGCGUUUCCAUCGUGAUAUCAUAGAGGAUAACACUCCUUAUUAUGCAAGCAGCUACGCUUUUUACAACAAGCUCGCGACAAGGCUAUCCGCCGUUGGCGCCUGCUUAGAUGUCUUUUCCUUUAGCCUCGACCAAACUGGUGUGAUGGAGAUGCGGAACUGCAUCAACCUCACCGGUGGCACGUUAAUAUGUGGGGAUUUCUUCGCACAUGAGCAAUUUUCUAAUUCCCUGAAGCGCUACUUCGAUCGCUGUGGUCUAGGCGCCGGCAGGGAGGAUUUAGAAGGAUCCAUAGCCCACUGUGGCUUAGGUGUGAGUAUCGAGACCCAUACCUCAGCAAACACGUUGGUAAGUGGGGUGUUGGGGCCCUGCAAUGUUGAUAUGGCGGCGAAUAAAGCGAAGCCGCAUCGCGCAACGUCGCCGGUUCAAAUUGGGGUUGGCGGCACAACUCGCUGGUGCGUCAGUACGCUUGAUCAAUGCGUGACCUUUGCGUUUGUAUUCGACACCGCGAUUUUGAACGAGACCAACGGAAUCCCGCAAGGCCGACGCGGCGGCGAGACCCGUUUUAUCCAGUUCGUCACGACCUACACCACGGUUGACGGUCAGCGGCGGGUCCGGGUGACGAGCACACUGCAUCCUGUGGCCCCUCAGGCCUCCCUCCCCAUUUAUUACACGCAGCUCCAGGCUUUUGACCAGACCUGCGCCUCCACCGUCAUCGCGCGUAUGCUGAUCUCCAUACUUGAGAAGUUCCCCAAAAAGUGGGACGACACGAAGCGGUGGUUAGACACCCUCCUGGUUAAAUUUGUGCGGCGCUAUGGCACCUACACACCGAACCUCCCUGACUCCCUCCGCCUGAGCCCUUGUUUAUCGCUUUUUCCAUCCUUUAUGUUCAACCUGCGCCGAUCGGAGUACAUGAUGGUGAUUAAUAUCUCGCCCGACGAGACCACCUUCAAGCGUCACUGGUUGAUGCGUGAGCCGGUUGAUAAUUGUGUUCGCAUGAUUCAGCCCACCUUAGACCGCUACGACCUGGAGGCCCCUCACGCGACGGCUGUGCCGCUUGACAGCGGCAGCCUGCGCGGUGAUGCCAUUGUUCUCAUGGACGCUUUUUUUAACCUCCACAUUAUGUGGGGAUCCACCAUAUUCGAAUGGAUCCAAGCCGGGUAUCACAAAAUCCCCGACUAUGCCCACUUCGCCGGGCUUUUGGAGGUCCCGGAGACGGACGCGCAGGCGCUUUUGGCGCUCCGCCACCCGUACCCACGCUUCUCGCGCACCGACGCCAACGGCUCCGAGGCGCGGCACAUCAAGACGCGUGUGAACCCCUCGGUCACCUAUAGCCAAGCUGGUGGGGGUUCUUUUAACCGUUCAGCAGCGAGCGCCGGGGAUGAUUGUGCGAAUCUCAUCUACACAGAUGAGGCGUCAAUUGAAAAGUUUAUGUCCUCACUAAAGCAAAUGGCAGUCUCGGCCGAGACGAAACCGUAA